AACUCUGCAUUCCACACUUCCUUCUUCCUCAUCUUCAGACUUAUUACUGUUACGUUGCUGCUUUCCUUUCCUCCUUUAUCUCCCUAUGCUUUUAAUUCUGUUUUCUUUGUCUCUUUCACUUUGCACUCAAGUAACCUCUGAUGGUUUCCCUAAUAUACCCCCCCCCUACAACCUUUGCAAUUCCUCUGACUCAUAACGUCCCUACAUCUCGCUGCUACCCUGGCCGGUGCCACCUUAAGUCAGUGACGUCACGUCGUCAUGGAGACGGGCUUACGCUAAAAGGCAAAUGAGGUAGAAAAAGCUGAAGGGAGGGGGCGGGAGUGCUAGUUCAGCAGCACGUUAUCUGCAGACGGAGACUCUUCUAAUACUUGGCGACGCUGAACAACCCGAAGCACCAAUAAAGACUCCACUUAAGCGCAUCGUUCUGCUACUCCUCCCGGUGAAGUCACGCCCGGGACUGUAUGUGAGAGACUGCGGCACUGGCCGGUGGCUUUUUGUAAGUGGCAUCAUGAGGAUUUAUGUGUUCUCUGAAAGAUCCAAUGAGUCAUCUUGCUGAUAACCCUGUUAUUAAUCUUCCUGCGACAAAACCAUCCACUUUAUACUACUGACUGCCCACCAUGACUGAGUGUCCAGACUGCCGAUUCAGUAAUCUAACCUGGGAUCAGAUUAUCAUUCUUGAUCAGGUGUUGACAGAGGUUAUACCUAUUCAUGGGAGAGGAAACUUUCCAACAAUGGAGGUGAAGCCAAAAGAUAUUAUACAUCUUGUGAAAGAACAACUACUGAAAAAGAAAAUCAUUGUUAAGGACAUUCGUCUGAAUGGAUCUACAGCAAGUCACAUUCUAAUAAAACAAAAUGGAACGAGUUGCAAAGAUCUAGACAUCAUUUUUGGUGUAGAACUUCCAGGGGAGCAGGAAUUCCAGACUGUUAAAGAGAUUGUCUUGGAUUCUCUUCUAGAUUUCUUACCUAAAUGUGUUAACAAGGAAAAGAUCACCGCCCUAACUAUGAAGGAGGCGUACGUCCAAAAGAUGGUUAAGGUUUCUACUGACCAUGAUCGCUGGAGUCUAAUUUCUUUAUCAAAUAACAGUGGGAAAAAUGUUGAACUUAAAUUUGUCAAUUCUCUCAGAAGGCAAUUUGAAUUUAGUGUUGAUUCCUUCCAGAUAAUACUAGAUUCAAUUCUAAGUGUUUACACAGAUGAUAAAAAUGAACUAAAGCAAGAGUCACAUCCUACUGUUGUUGCAGAGAGUAUGUAUGGUGACUUUAUGGAAGCCAUGGAGCAUUUGAGAUGCAAGCUUAUUGCAACAAGAAAUCCUGAGGAAAUCAGAGGUGGGGGCCUUCUUAAAUACAGCAACCUGCUGGUUCGUGAUUUCAAGCCUGCAAGUGAAGCAGAAAUCAAAUCCCUGGAACGUUACAUGUGCUCUAGAUUUUUCAUCGACUUUUCAGAUGUGACAGAACAGCAAAGAAAGAUAGAAUCUUAUCUGCGCAACCAUUUCAUUGGAGAAGAGAAAAGCAAGUAUGAUUACUUAAUGACACUCCGUUCAGUGGUGAAUGAAAGCACAGUCUGUCUCAUGAGUCACGAGCGAAGACAAACUCUUAACAUGAUUACUAUUCUAGCUUUGAAAGUCCUAGGAGAGCAGAACAUCAUCCCAAAUACAGCAAAUGUUACAUGCUUUUACCAGCCUGCUCCUUAUAUGAGUGACAGGAACUUCAGCAAUUACUACAUUGCUCAAGGACAACCAGCUAUCUACUACCAGCCUUACCAACUUCACAUACACAUGCAGAGUGGGCUGGUUUAGUGUGCACAUUGCUGGAAAAAAGGGUUUUGGCAAAUUCACGUCAAAAGACCUAUCACUAAUGACAAUUUGUUGUGCAAAAUGUCACUUUAAGUAAAUACUUUUCAUUCAGUAAACCACUAUACUUGUAACCAUGGUCCACCUCUUAAAACUUGCUUUUUAAAUUGUUAACUAUUAUGAAGACCAUUUGUGUUUGAAAAACGCCUACCAAUGAUUCUUCAAAACUGUGAUAUAACAUAAGUGUCUUUUACUGCAGAUAUAUAUUUUAGUAACACAGUGCCAAUGACUUGAGGUGCCAUAAAUGCUUAGCUUGUGCAAAAGUUUGUUGAUUCAAUAUAACCAGUAGGGGGUUUAUCAAAGGUCUAAUUGGGGAUUUAUCAGUGUUUCCUGGCAUGUUAGCAGCAGUCCGAAUUUUAUUUAAUUUAACCUUUUCCUGACUGAUAUCCUUUUUCAACUAGAAGGUGCUCACCAGGUUAAAACAGUUAAAUUCUGUUGUUUCUUAUGUGCAGAAAUCUUGCAUCUCAGUGAACCGAUUAAUAAAAUUAUCCAAAAAUACCCCAAUAAAUCUUAAACUAUAUUCAUGGCUUAGAAGAAAAUACAUUUUGCAGCUACCAAUGCAUUUUGGUUCUCUUUGGUAUUAGUUUAUAUAUAUAUUAUGGUAUGUAUAAAAUUAUUAUAACAUAUUUCUGUGGUUAAAUGCUCGCUACAGCUGAUACUGUAAUUAUAAUUCACGCAGUCUAAGAGCUCUUACUCACGAGCGGUUGUAGCUGCGCUCCGUUUUUCUGCGUUCAGCCGCAGGGGAGCGCAGGAAUA